CAGUAAAUAGCACAUUGUUAAUAUUAAUUUUGUACACCCGCUCUACACAACAAUGUCUGACGAAAGAGCAAUACCAUCCAAGGGAAAAAUGAAAUAUUAUUCUUCAGAAGCAACUUCAAAGUGUACUUCGUGUGAAGAUAUAGGAAAAAAAAUGGACACGAUACUGCAGAUUUUGGGCGAGCAUAAAAUUUUGCUAGAUCGCAUUGGUUCCCAAAACUCGAUUGUGCAAAACAUUAUGGCCAUCUUCCCAAUAAACACGGACGAAAGUCUAAAGCAAUUAGAAGACUUAUUAGCAACUCAGUCAGACCCAUAUAUUCGCCAAAUGAAAAAUCUCAUUGGUGGCAACGUCGCACGCAAUUUACACCUUGUAUUUGGGAAAUCUAUUAUAAUGAAUUACAAUGUGGAUGGAACUUUUGGCAAGAAAAGUUUAUCUAAAUAUGGAAAAGUCCAUGCAGCAAUAAUAGAUGUAAUAUCAACGUACGACAAGUGUGCAGACAAGGCUCUAAGAACAGCUUUUCAACGUCAAAAAAAGAAAUUCUUUAAAGAAAACAGCCGCAGGAAUGCAGAAAUAAUAUAUAUAUAUAUUUUUGCCUUGUGUUUUUUCUAUUGUAAGACUGAAGAAAAUGAAUUUAAUUAA